AUGAAAAAAAUAAACUACCUCGAAAAUUUACGAUUGAAGUCGACAACUUCUACUCAGAUCAGAAAAAUUGAAUAAAAGAGAGUAGAAACUACCAUCUAUUAGGAUGAUUAUGAAGAUGAUUAUAUCUACUAAGACUCAUUGAUAGCAAUAGAUGCCUAAAACACUGUAUAGACUGACUGCUCAUUUAAUUAGGAAAAUUUAUCUACAACCUGGGGAAAAGAAAAUGUUUCAUCUCUGAUUGAAAAUACCGAUCAUGAUAACCACUAAUUUUAUAGUAAUUAAUAAUUUAACAAGCCCUAAGGUCAUCACUCAAGAGCUCUAUCAGCUAACAUACCAUAUUCGACCUUGAAUAAAGCUAUGCACACAAAUAUAAAAGAGCUAGAUAAAUAAAAGGAAUAAUCAUAAUCUAAUUCCUAUUAAUAAUAAACCCAAGCUUCAAAUUAUACAGCCAAUAAUAAUACUAAUACCUCACUAAAGAAUAUAAAGCAACCUCUGCAAAGUAACUCUACCAUUAUUAAUCAUAGUAACAUAAUUAACAACAAUAAUUACAACUCAAAUAAUAGUCAAAAUGAAAGAAACUCCUAUCAAAAGUCAUAUUCUUAUCAUUAGAGUGAAAAUAAUUAUAACACGAGAGAUAGUGGAUCUUAUAAUUAAUGGUAAACUGAAAUUAAUGAAGAGGAUGAAGAUGAGGGAGAAAAUCUAGGUGAAAAUGAAUAGGAUGAGAUCUCUUUGUAAAACUUUUACAAUGAUCUUGACAGGCUACCUUUAAUGAAGAGAUAUCAAAAUACCCAUGAGAAUGAGACACCUCUGAAACCAACUGCUAUUUCAAGGGAUGAGAAAAAAUAAGGAUCAAAUUAGAGUUAACCAAAAAAUUUAAGCCCAGAGAUAGUGGAAGAAUUGGAAUGUUCCUAACUAUAGACAUUCGAAAAGCUCAAUUCAUUUAUAUUCGAUGAACUUUCUGACUAUGGCUAAACAACAGUGAUUAAAGACCAAAUUUUGCUGACAUAGUAGUUAGAGGGUUUAUUCUCCUAUGAUGAUCUUGAUGACCAUAACUAUCAAAAUGAGGAUGAGCUAGUAGCAACAAAUGAAGUUAUUGAUGAGCUCUAUUAAUCGCAGUACUGCCAGAUGGAGGAUCCAUUAUAAGCUCAAUAAAGAUAUUAGGUCCAAGUACUCGAGUAAAUGAUUUUAAGGCAAGAGGAAUAUUUUUUAAGUUCUAAAUAUCUGUAAAGAUAAAGAAACAUAAGUCAAAAAAUGAGAGAAAUCUUGAUAGAUUGGAUGAUGGAGGUGUGCGAAGAGUUCAUGCUAAAAAGGGAAACUCUAUAUAUUAGUAUUAAUUUCAUAGAUAGAUAUCUUUAGGAAGUGACUUAUGUAGUUCCUAAAAAUGAGUUACAAUUGAUAGGAGUUACUUCAAUGUUUAUUGCUUGCAAAAUUGAAGAGGUUUAUAUUCCAAGAGUAAAUGAUUUUGCUUUAUCAACAGAUGGAGGAUACUCAAAAGACUAAAUUCUAAAUAUGGAAAGCCAAUUGAUGAAAGUUCUACAGUUCAAACUACAUCCCAUUACUAUAUGCAACUGGACUAACUGGUACAUGAACAUGUGGGAUAUCUAUUAAGAUGAAAGAUUAAAGUGCUAUUAUUAGAAUGCUGAUUUUACUUUUAAGCAACCUAAUGAAUUAGCCUAUCAAAGAUAUAGAAUAGUAUUUUAGAUUUUAGACUCUAUUAUGCUGACUCCUCAAACAUUAGAUUUCGAUCCAAGGUGUUUAGUGGCAUCAGUGCUAUACCUAAUGAUAGGUGGUCCUCAUAUGAUGGGAGCUUUCAACUAUGAUUAUAAGUGGUUUCCCUCUCAGUUUGAAAGAUUUCCCCCAUUUGACAUGAGUCGUGGAAAGAAAAGAUGUCAGCCAAUUAGUGAAUAGACUCAAUUCUACAAUUAAGUUUUUGAGGGAUACCUCUAUGAAUGUUUUGGCUUGUAAUUAUAGGAUUUAGUUGAAUCAAUAAACUAUGUGAUUUAUUAUUUUGCUCUUCCUCUCACAUUUGAUCUGCCAUCAGCUGCAGCUAAUAAUCAAGAUUCGAUGAUUACAAGAAACUAUGAGGAAUUUUUAUCCUUCUAAACUCAUAACAAACUUACCCUCGACUUUCUAAAGUCCUUAGCAAUGGAUCUAAUAUUCCCAUAAAACAUUUUAAGUGAACUGUCCUAGCUUAGAAGCUUAACUCCUCCAAUUACUAUGUACUUGAUAUCGGAAGUCAGCAGAUUUAUCAUAAAUAAAAGUUAUGGAAACUUAGAUCAGCUCAAGAUAUCAAGAGAACUUGAAAAUGAAGGGAUUGAAAUAUCAAAAGAAAAACUUUCAGGAAUCAUUAAAGCUCUGAAAAACUUCUUAUUCAAGAUAUUAAAAGCAGCUUAAUUACAUCAAGACAACCAUAUUUAGAUAAUCUAGACAGUACAGCAGACACUUGCAGAUAGGACAGCUCUAAGAGAAAAAAUGAUUGCAGCAAUUACUACAGCUUUGUAAACUGAAUUUUAGUUGUUAAAAGAGUAUUAAGAUACAAACAAUCUGAAGACUUUCUUUGAGUAAAUAAAGCUAAGGCAUUUAGUCUCUUUUGAUUGCACUUUAAAUCACGAUUUCAGUUCUGCUGAGAGCAAAAACUUAAAAAAGACAUAUGCUACUUUGAUUUUUUAGAUAUCUGAAGUCGAUGGAUAAGUUAAGACUAGAAGUAUUGAAGUGAAUCUAGAAGAACUUAAGUAAUUCAAAGAAGAAAUUAUCAGAAUUGAGGAAGCAUUAUCAUGA